AUGGAGCCGGCGAGCUUUGAAACUGGAGACCCGUCUUCGUCGCCAGCCCGAGAUGGGCCAACCCCCGCCACCGUCACUGUGGUCCCACCCUACUGGCAAUCCCACCAGCGCAAUGCCUCGUAUCUGAGCAACUACUCUGCUGACAACGGCCGCCCCACCCCCAUCGGCCUCGAGGACCAUACGGAUGAGGACUCGGACCACUGCAAAGUCCUCUGGGCCAAGGGUGUCACGAUAGAUGAUUACGUUGUCAUCAGCGGGCCGUCACCGGGCUUUGGGGCUUACGUCGUCUUUAAUUGUACGGUCGAGACACUGGAUGGUGGUCCCAUGAAGAUACGCAAGAGAUACUCCGAGUUUGAAGAUCUGCACACCAAGCUGCUCCAGACGUUUCCUCAUGCCGCGGGUUCCAUGCCGCACUUCCCACCCAAAUCCGUAAUAUCUCGCUUUAGGCCCCGUUUUCUGGAAAAGCGGAAACAAGGACUCUCGUACUUUCUCAAUUGCGUUUUGCUGAACCCGGAGUUUGCUGGGUCGCCCGUCUUGAAGGACUUUCUCUUCUCGUGA